CUAAAAAAGAUCCUAGGCGUUGGCAUUCACAUGUAAACGGAUUUUAUGUGAAUGCUGGCUGGGCCAGUGAGUGUCAAGUGCAAGAAGAAGAAAAACGCACACUGAAUUUGUUUGUUGAUAAUUACAAAAUUGCAGCAAAAGGUUAAAAAUUAACAGAAUAGUGUAAAAUAAAUAGUUAAUAUUAAAUGGCAGCCUCGCGUUCGCGACGCAGCAAUGCUGGCAACAAAAUAGCCGUGUUGCUCGACGAAGAAGAAGAUGAUUUCUACAAAACUUCCUAUGGCGGUUUUCAGGAUGAAGAAGGAGACAACGAAUAUGAACAAAAAGACGAGGAGGAGGAUGUGGUCGAUUCCGAUUUCAGCAUAGACGAGCAGGAUGAGCCCAUAUCAGACCAGGAAGAGGCGCCGGACAAGAAACGCAAACGAGGUGGCGUCAACACAAAAGCCUACAAGGAACCGGCGAAACUCGUUGUGAAAAAGGAAACAAAAACCGCUUCCACACUGCACAAGAAGCGGGGUGCUGGCGGCGUCGGCAAGCGCAGAGUGCGUCCACGUUUCACUGUUCUGGACUCCGGUCGCAAAUCCAUACGCACAUCGACGGCCAUUAAAACACAGGCAACGAAAAUACGGCUCAAGGAACUGGACGACGCUCGCAAGCGCAAGAAGAAAAAGGUGCGCGUCGAGGAUUAUAUGCCCACGCAGGAGGAGCUCCUCGAGGAGGCGAAAAUAACCGAGGAGGAGAACCUCAAAUCGCUGGAGAAAUUCCAAAAAAUGGAGCUUGAGAAAAAGAAGACUCGUCCCACAAAGCGAGUCUUUACGGGCCCAACUAUACGCUAUCAUUCAUUGACAAUGCCCGUCAUGCGUAAGCCAACAGGUGCCACUACCAAGCUGUCCUCGGAUCCCAAUUAUGCCACAUCGAAAUGCGAGCGCACUUUUGUAACUAUCGAAAAUGAUUUCAAUGAUAAAGCGUUCCAUGCGAUCUUUCGCCCAAAGCGACCACCAAAGAGCUCGAGCGGCAUUUGUCCCAUCACCCGACUGCCAGCUCGCUACUUUGAUCCCGUGACCCAGCAGCCAUACUACAGCAUCCAAGCCUUCAAGAUCCUACGCGAGGCUUACUAUAUGCAACUGGAGCAGCAGAGCAGCAGCAGCGAACUGCCGGAGCUGGCAAAAUGGAUGGAGUGGCGAAAACUGGUCAAGGAAAAUCGUCAAAAGGCAGCCACAACCAACAAAAAUUCGGAAUAAUUAUUAAUAAGAAGAAUUUAGAUAAGAAGAGAGUUUAUUUAUAAGUAUUUUAUUGUAAAGAUUUUUAUCAAUUACUCAUUGGCAACUAUUGAUUGCAGAUGAGUUCUUAAAUGAACAACUUUCUAUUUCCGAGAUAUUCCAA